UUGCCUACCCGGUCUCCAAAAUAUAAGGCUGGUGAUCCUUCCCGAAAAUUCAAACGCGAGUCGGAGAAGGAUGUACCAGAUCCUGUUACUACGACAUCAGAAGGACUUAAAAAUUACUAUGCAGCGAAGAUUGACGAGCAUCAGUUUGUCGUUACGGAGAAACUACAAAAUCUUCGACGGCUGGAGGCGCAGAGAAACGAACUUAAUGAGCUACAGCUUCUUCAAGAGCUGGGCUCUUACGUUGGCGAAGUAGUGAAAGCUAUGGAUAAAAAGAAAGUCCUAGUUAAAGUGCAACCAGAAGGGAAGUUUGUGGUGGAUAUCGACAAAAACAUUGAUAUCUCGCAAAUAUCUCCUAACUGCCGUGUGGCUCUCCGUAACGAAAGUUACACAUUACACAAAAUAUUGCCGAGCAAGAUAGAUCCUUUAGUAUCUCUUAUGAUGGUCGAGAAAGUACCGGAUUCCACCUAUGAGAUGAUCGGGGGUUUGGAUAAGCAAAUCAAGGAGAUAAAGGAGGUCAUCGAGCUACCUGUGAAACAUCCCGAAUUAUUUGAGGCCCUUGGUAUUGCACAACCUAAGGGUGUUUUACUCUACGGCCCUCCUGGUACCGGGAAAACGCUCCUUGCUCGUGCUGUUGCCCAUCACACAGAGUGCACUUUUAUUCGUGUCAGUGGUUCUGAGCUUGUUCAGAAGUUCAUCGGGGAAGGAGCAAGAAUGGUACGGGAAUUGUUCGUAAUGGCCCGUGAACAUGCACCUUCUAUAAUUUUCAUGGACGAAGUCGAUUCAAUUGGCUCAACUCGCGUUGAGAGCAGUACCGGUGGUGACAGUGAAGUUCAGCGCACCAUGCUUGAGCUUCUAAAUCAACUUGAUGGUUUCGAGCCGAAACAGAACAUCAAGGUCAUUAUGGCCACCAAUCGAAUCGACAUUUUAGAUUCUGCUCUUCUUCGUCCAGGUCGGAUCGACCGAAAAAUUGAGUUUCCCGCUCCUAACGAAGAAGCUCGUUUGGACAUUCUAAAGAUUCACUCUCGCAAAAUGAAUUUAACGCGAGAAAUUGACCUAAGAAAACUCGCCGAAUCCAUGCCCGGUGCCAGCGGUGCUGAGGUGAAGGGUGUAUGUACCGAAGCGGGGAUGUAUGCGCUUCGGGAACGCCGCGUUCACGUUACACAAGAAGACUUUGAACUUGCUGUUGCGAAGGUAAGGUGGUUUGUUUUUCUGCAGGAACUCUAA